AUGGCUUGGGUAUUUUACUACUAUACUCCCUCCACCGUCGCAGCAGGCAUCUUCAUUGCCCUCUUUGGUCUCAGCACUCUUUAUCACUUCUACCAACUGAUGCGGACUCGGACGUGGUUCAUGAUUCCUUUCUUUAUCGGUGGUCUCCUUGAAAGCGUUGGCUAUAUUGGUCGUAUACUCUCUGCAAGUCAAGGGCCCAACUAUUCAACGGGUGCAUAUGCUAUGCAGAGUGCCUUGAUCCUGAUUGCGCCCGCCUUCUUCGCAGCGAGCAUAUACAUGGAGCUUGGAAGAGUGAUUCAAAUGCUUCGCGCGGAGAAAGAUUCCUUGGUUCCGGUGCGAUGGUUAACCAGGACUUUUGUCGCUGGUGAUGUCCUAUCAUUUCUAAUGCAAGCUUCCGGUGCCGGCCUCAUGGUAUCAAACUCUUCCAACCCUGCAACCGGUGAACAUAUCAUCCUCGGUGGUCUGUUCGUCCAAAUCAUCUUCUUCGGCUUCUUCAUGAUCACUACCUUGAUCUUCCAAAUUCGCAUCAGCAAAAACCCAACAUCCACUACAAUCGGCCUGUCAGACCUCUGGCACAAGCAUCUAUUUGCCUUGUACGUUACAAGCACGCUCAUCAUGAUUCGAUCCGUUGUGCGUGUCGUUGAAUACCUGGAAGGAUAUGAUGGGUACCUAUUGUCGCAUGAGAUCUUCCUCUACGUACUCGAUGCGCUGUUGAUGUUUGCCGUGAUGGUAUUUUUCCAUUUCUAUCAUCCAAGUGAGAUCAAUUGCCAGAUUGGCCGGGGUGAGAGAUUUUUUCAAAAAGGGUAUGAGGUACGCAAGAUUGAGUCGAUUCGUACAUGGGAGUUGGAGAAUCCUACUACUACUCUGGCUGUAUGA